AUGGAAGGUGACAAUGCUGCAGCCGACCCAGGACAGGAACAGCCAGCUGUUAGUGGGGAGCACAGUGCAGCUGAAGGUGAUGGUGAUCGGGGACGGUACAGUAUGAUGGAUCGCUGUCCAUCGCAGUCAUCCUUGGACGAGUCGUCCCAGCGAAGAGAAUCCAAUGAGCGUGAGGCAGGAGCCCACCACGCUGCACAGCUCCUAGAUGCCCUCGCGAGGUUACGUCGUGAUGCACUGCUUUGUGAUGUGCGGCUUCAGGCCCAAGCUGAGGGUUCCACGGAGGUCAGCGAGGGGAUCUGGGCGCACCGCGCUGUUCUUGCUGCGUGCUCACCUUACUUUCGUGCAAUGUUCACACAAUUCACUGAACGGACGCGACCCACGGUUACAAUACAGAAUGUGGAGCCACUUGCGUUGGAAGCAAUCAUAGAAUAUGUUUAUAAUCCGGAUUCGCUUGUGAUAACGGAAGAUAAUGUGCAGAGCAUCCUGUCAGCGGCAUCUCUUGUAGCCGUGGGCGGAGCGAGGGCCGCGUGCUGCUCGUUUCUUGCGGGCGCGCUGUCACCAGACAACGCGCUCGGUAUACGCGCGUUCGCUGAUCUACACGCAUGCGCAGAUUUGGCGCACGCGGCGCUCGCCUUCAUACACAAACAUACUCUGGAGGUGCUGGACACGGAUGAGUUUCUAGCUCUGGAGUCAGAUACCCUGGCUCGGUUGCUCGCUUCCGACCAGAUCACGGUGCCAAAUGAAGAGGUGAUACUGGAUGCUGUUGUGCGUUGGAUGCAGCACGACCCUGAGGCACGACGUGAACAUUUGGGAGCACUUUUAGAGCACGUACGCCUCCCACUUCUACCGCAGGAGGUUCUGGUCGCUCGUGCAGCAGCAGAACCGUUAGUGAGCGCUCCACUGCGAGUAAAGGAUCUAGUCAUUGAGGCGUUGUCCUUCCAUCUUCUAAGGCCUGAGCGAAGGGUGGCAGCUGCAGCAAGGUGCGCACGAGCAAGACCACGCCAGCCACCUCGCUCUCCGAAGCUGCUGCUCGUAGUGGGCGGGCAGGCUCCUAAAGCUGUCCGGGAGGUGGAAGCACUCGAGCUGGAGACGGGUCGGUGGCGUGCUGCGGCCGAGUUGCCCUCCCGCAGGUGUAGGGCGGGGCUGGCCGUUGUGGGCGGACGUUUGUACGCUGUCGGAGGCUUCAACGGCACCCUGCGUGUGCGCAGUGUCGAUAUAUACGAUGUAGCAGCGGAUACUUGGAGUCCGGGUCCACCUCUUGCUGCUCGAAGAUCUACUCUCGGAGUUGCAGUGAUUGGUCAUGUGAUAUAUGCAGUUGGAGGUUUCGAUGGCGCCACUGGACUCAGUUCUGCGGAGGCGCUGGACACGCGUGAGGGAGUGUGGCGGAGCAUCGCACCAAUGAGCACGCGUCGCUCGUCAGUGGGCGUGGCCGUGCUCGAUGGCAAGUUGUACGCAGUUGGCGGCUAUGAUGGAGCUUCGCGGCUGUGCCUCAAUACGGUAGAGAGGUACGAUCCAGUUGCGGAUGCCUGGGAGAGCGUAGCCGAGAUGGGUGCACGGCGCUCCGGUGCUGGUGUGGGAGUGGCUGGUGGGGCGUUAUACGCAGUGGGGGGGCACGAUGGUCCCGCCGUCCGCCGGUCGGUUGAACGCUACCGUCCAGGGGAUGGAUGGGCUCCAGCGCCGCCGAUGGCUCAUGCUCGCCGUAACGCUGCUGUCGCGACCCACCAUGGCAACUUGUACGUCGUCGGCGGAGAUGAUGGAGCUGCUAAUCUUAAUACUGUUGAGGUAUUCGACCCGACAACCGAGCAAUGGACGAUGCUACACAGCGCGAUGUCUCUCGGGCGCUCGUAUGCUGGCGUGGCCAUACCCACCGAUCCGCCCACAGAUGCCGACGACGAUCACGUUUACUCGGCCCCACCUGCGGCUCAUCGGUGCCGAAACAGACCGGUCGACGAGAACGUCUACGAGAGCGUGGGCGGGCUGGGGCGCGGCGCGGUAUACCGCUGGUGGCGUGUGGGGGGUGCGUGCCGUAGACACCGCCGCGCCUCCCAGACGCUCGAGUUUCACCACCAUUACGUGCAUGCGCAAGGCAGCAUGGGGCGAGCUCGCGGGCACGGGCGUGCUGCUGCUGCUAUGGGUGCAGCUGGCGGUUCGGGAACUGGUGUCGUUCGCGGCGUGUGCGUUGAAGUGCUGUCGGGCGAGCGUCUUUCCGCUUCGUGUUCUACCAUCGACACGCCGCCCUGUUUGUUUCUACUGCGCCGGCCGCCACAUCCCCCCCACCCGCACACGCACACGCACCCCCACUCUCAUUCCUACCACCUGCUGCCCGAGAGUCACCGUGGCCCGCCGAGGCAUCUGCGCACCUACAGGCGCGACAUGAUGGAGGACGGUGCGUGCUGCGAGGCUGAUGAAGAAGCGCGCGAACAAGAACAGGAACAGGAACCCGUGGCUGGACCCGCAGGGGAUGGGCCUGGCCCUGGGGAGGGGCUGAGCGAGCACGAGCCACGACCAGACACAGACACCGAUACAGAUACGGACACAGAUACAGACACACAAUCGCACAGACGAGAUGUGUAA